AUGAGCCGAUAACCUUUUGAUCUAGGUAUUUAAUUAGUUCAAAUCAUACUGAUCAAAAAGGCACUUCAAUAUAAAGUGUGAAGGCCACCGGAAACUAUUUUUUAGGUCAAAAUCCUCCUUUAAGUCUUUUUUUGUGAUCUAAAUCUCCAAAAUCGCCUCAAUUGUUUCUAUUUCAAAAUUUUAGCUUUUCUAAUUAUCUUUUCCUUUUAUUUUAGUAUUAAUUUCAGAUUCUAUGCUAUUUCUAUUUUCUAUUAGGACAAGCUAUUUAAAUUCUUGUUCUGGGAAUUGGAACUCGAUUAUCAAUUUUAAAAAUAUUCAUACUUGUGGAUUUUCCGUUCAGUUUAUUACCGUGUUGGCUUUUGUGAGUGAUAUAUAUCUUUUCAGUUCCACAACCCGUGCCAUUGACAGCAAUCCAGAGAAGAAUUUCAAACUUUGAACUUCUGCGUUCAACAAAUGAAUUUCAUGAGAGUAAUCUGCUGGGCGUUGGAAGUUAUGGCUCUGUGUAUCAAUGUGUUACUAGAUGAGGACAUGGUUGCGCACGGAUGUGAUUUCGGCAUAGCAAAACUCUUAGGUGAAAGCGAAUCCAUUGCACAAACCAAGACCCUUGCCACGAUAGGGUAUAUGGCACCAGAAUAUGGACUGGAUGGUCUUGUGUCCACCAAGAUUGAUGUCUACAGCUUUGGGAUCAUGUUGAUGGAAAUAUUCACGCGAAAAAAGCCUGCUGAUGAAAUGUUUGAGGGAGAAAUGAGCCUAAAGAGAUUGGUGAAAGAAUCCUUGCCUGAUUCUGUAAUUGACAUUGUAGAUAGCAACAUGCAGAAUAGAAGAGAUGGAUAUUCAGUAAAUAAGGAGCACUGUGUCACAUCUAUAAUGGAAGUUGGCUUUGCAAUGUACUUAUGAAUCACCUGAAGAAAGGAUCAACACACUCGAUAUCCUGGCAAGGCUUCAGAAGAUCAAAGUGGAGUUCUUGAGAGAACCUGAGAGACGAUUGACAUAAGAAACAUUAACUCCUAGUACCUUCCAGUACCUCACUGCCCCUUCCAUUUUCCGGCUGUGUAAGUUAUAUUUUCUUGUCAAUAAUCUAAACUUUAACCGUUGCAUGACCAUUUGAAGAGGCGUUAAUCCCAACUUUAUUUCAAAAAUAUUGCUAUC